AUGGCUUCACAAAGAGCUUAUACUAUAAGGAAUGCAAGGGAAAAUGUGGAACAAGAAGCUCCUCCCCAAGCUCCUCAAGUUCCAGUCGAUCCUUUGGCGGAACAAGCUUCUAAAGCGGAGUUUAGGUCUAUUUUUCAAGUAUUGGCUCAAAUCAUGAUGGCCCAAGACAAUAGGGAGGUAGUGGUUUUCGUGAAUCCAAAUGUGGGCAUGGCGGCUUCAAGAAUGAAGGAAGCCAAGGUGCUUAAAUUUACUAACCUUCGACAAGAAAGUAUGAGUGUUAGGGAAUAUGCUCUAAAGUUCACACAAUUGUCUAAUUAUUCUCCAUCUAUGGUUGUGGAUUCAAGGGCUACGAUGAAUAAGUUUGUUUCAGGUGUGUCUGAAAUGGUGGUUAAAGUGUGCCGAACCGCUAUGCUCAUUAAUGACAUGGACAUCCCUCAUCUCAUGGUGCAUGCACAACAAAUUGAGGAGGAGAAACUCAAGGAAAAUUUUAGAGAAGUAAAAACGGCUAAGAUAGAAGAUGGAAAUUUCUCUAAUGCAGGAUCUGAUGGACAAGGUCGUCCUACAUUCCGACAAAGGAUUUCAAGUCAAGGUUCCUCCAAUGCUCCUCCUAAGUUCAACAAAGAUAGGGUUUACAACACUAAGCCUCAAGGAGUUAAUAGUAGUUGA